CUCAUUUUCUCGUAUUCCCAUCAUUCAAGAAACACACAAAAAAAUAUUAAAAUCCAAUGGCCGCUAUGAAUACCACAGAGGUGGAGCCAGACUCCAACCCCUGGAUACCAGCCACCGACAGGAUCGGUGGCUUCGCUUACGGGCUAGGUGUCUCCAUUGGUAUACUUCUCCUCAUCACCACAAUCACCCUCGCUUCUUAUUAUUGCACUAGAACCCAUAUCUCCGCCUCUCCCACGACCGCUCCGAGGACAAGACGCAGGCAAAGACAGGUCACUGUAACUUCACUCCCUGGCGAAGAACGGUUUCACUUCAACGGCGAUGAUCAAAACGACACCGUGGUGGUCGAAGUCGUGGGACUAGACGAUGAGGACAUCAAGAGUUUUCCUAAGCUUCCUUACGAAGAGGCUCGUGUGAGUUAUAGCUUGCGAAGGGAUUCCACUGCGACGUCGUGUUGUUCUAUAUGUCUUGCGGAUUACAAGAAGACAGAUAUGAUCAGGGUUUUGCCCGAUUGUAAUCAUUUGUUUCACGACACGUGCGUUGACCCUUGGCUCAAGCUUAAUCCUACGUGUCCCGUGUGUCGUAAGUCUCCGUUACCGUCUCCGGCCAUGACACCUUUCGUAGACGGUGUUACCUUUUCCCCCCGGGCGAUAGAUAAUUGACAUUCGUCCUUUUUUUGUUUUUGAAAUAUUUUGAUUCUUGUUGACAUUUAAUAGAGUAUA